ACAAGUUCUACAUUUUUUUUUUUUUUUUUUUUUUUUUUAGUUGAAACCAUGAAACACAAACCACCAACCUUGAACAAUAUCAUCAACAACUUCACAUCUUUAAAUGAGUUACAAGAAUGGGCCACAGACAAUGGUCUAAUGGAUCAUAUCUUGGUACAAAACAGAAUAAAUCAUUUUCAGUCAAUCAAUUUGACAGAUGUUCUAAACAGUUUCACUGACGCCAACAGUUUGAUAAGUUGGGCCACAGAUAACUUUCUCUUAAACAACUCUCAAGUAUUAGACAAGCUCGUAAUUUUACUUACGUGUACAUGGUGUAAAAAGAGAUUUUAUUUAUCAACGGAGUUGAGAGACCAUUUGGAAAUCCAUGAAAUUUUGGGUGACAUGACCACAGGUCGAAACAAAACUGUAGAUAUAGCCAAUAAUACUACAGUUGACCAUUUCAGCGAUAUAUCUGACGUACCCUCCACAAGCUUUUCUAACCAAUAUACUCCAACGUUGGAAAACGAACUGGUUACACCCUAUGCUCUACACUGUCCAUUGGAUGAUUUGGGAGACUCCUUCCUCGCAAAUGUAUUACCUUUUAACUUCACCAGUUGCCCCUAUACUAAUGGGUCAGACAUAGAAAAUGUGCUUGUUGGUACUGACCAACAUGUCACACUGACCAUGAAUGAUUCGGAAGAAGAGGGUUACGGCGCAGAACCCGAAGAAAACCCCUAUUUAUUUCGAAGAUCCGGACAAAAAACAUUCUCUAAAAAUCUGGCAAAAGAGACCACAUAUAAAGUAAAAUUUAAUGAUACGUGGAAGGGUAAAAAAUUACGUAAUCUUAAAAAGGAAUUGGAAAACAUGUUUGAUGAUGUUUUAAACAAAGCCAAAGGAAAUGACAACGAUUUAGGACGAGUUAUCAUCUCUCAUCCCGAACUAAAUAAUUCCAUCGUUGUACCCUUAGAUAAAUGGUCAAACAUAAACUCACAAAGAGUAAUGGAAGCUGUCGAGAAUGUGCUGAAUUCAGAGGAAAACCUACCUUAA